AAUGUGCAUCAUGCUUUGUUUGUGAGUAGAAACCUUGGAGGACGUAAUAGCUGGAGUGAAUCAAUAGGAGUGAAAACUGCUCGAUAACAACGAGUCAGCUUUUUGAGAUCACAAUUUACCCACCUGUUUUUUGGGGGGGUUUCAUUUCUGUUAAUCAAAAUGCAACAGCCAGAAGCUCAGCAGAUCACCCAGCCACCAGAUACACAGAUCCUUGAUCCAGAAGUUGCUUAUGUGCGGAGGAGGAAAACAGCUCUGUGGGUAACUGUGGCUCUGCUGAUUCUGUCCUUGGUGGUGUUGGCCGUUGGUUUGAUCUCCGCUACUCGCACUGACAAUAUUCCCGUCGCAGGUUAUUACCCAGGGAUUAUUUUGAGUUUUGGGGCAUUUCUGGGCAUCGUUGGCAUCCAUCUGGUAGAAAACCGCAGACCUAUGCUCAUGGCUGCCAUUAUCUUCAUCAGCAUGGGAGUUAUUGCAUCUUUUUUCUGUGCCAUCGUAGAUGGAAUCAUUGCAUCAGAAUUUAUGGACAUAAGACCUCUGCAAGAGGACAUGUGUGACUUUUACACUAGUAACUCUGGCUAUGCUUUUGAGAGCUACUACACUGAGGUGACCUGCCGUCCCUUCGACAAAUCUUGCAAGCUCAAACUGAGAAGCAACACCUGCUUCUGUUGCUACCUUUACAACUGUGAGAGCACGGAUUACCACCCUCAGUACUUUGAGUUCACGGGGGUCGACGGCUGUUGGGAUGUGAUACACCUCUAUCGUCUUCUGUGGGCCUCGGUGGUUCUCAAUGUGACUGGCCUCUUUCUGGGAAUCAUUGCAGCAGCCAUUCUCGGGGCCUACAAGGACAUGCAGAAGCCUACUCCACCAAUAGCGCCAAGUCCAGCCCCACCUCCCCACAUCCUGUACAACCCAACCCAGCACAUGCUCACGUAUGCUGGCUUCUGUCCUCCUCCAGGGCAGAAUCUUCCUGCCUACCCCAACUAUCCAGUACCAGUGCAGCCGCAAAUGAUCCCUGAAGGGUGUUCUGAAGAAACCCAAAGUCAGCCACCCUCACAAGGCGCCACCCAGAUGCCACAACAGGGGGGCAACCAGGAACCUGGAGGCAGCUUCAUGCUUACGCCCAAUGCGCCUGUCCUCUAUGGAUCAUCACAUAGCUCCUUUGAAAAACCUCCACCUUAUGCAUACUGACCCAAAAGCAUAGCAUUUGAGUCUCAUAUUUGUUCCUCUGAACUUAAACGUUUGAUAGAAGGCCAUAUAGCCGGAGAAAUCACUGAGCUCCUCUGCUCCUAGAAAUGAGAAAGAUAUCAGUUUAUAUAAAUAGUGAACUUAGUUAAUGUCUAUUGAAUAGGCCUCCAGCAUUACUAAAGUAUAUCAAUUGACAUGUUUUUUCAGUGUCUUCGCAGGUGUUCCUGUGUGUUGUCUCAACAAAUGCACUACAAAUAAGGGCUUUCUUUUGACAGGAAUUUGAGACUAAACCACAAUGUGGCUGCUAUAUUGCAAUUUAAUGAUUGUGCAGUUGUAAUGAUGUCAAAGUAAGAAGGAAAGUGUUACUCAUAGAACUAGUACGUAGGUGAAGCUGUAGUUAUUACCAGUGGUCGUAAUCAUGUGUAAUCAUCACAUCACACGCUUCGCUAAUAGCAUAAUCACAAUGUAGUGUUUGGAAAAUACAAUUUAAUCACUGACUGUCAUAGAAUUGUUUAUUUUCCAUUUAAAUACAGUUUUCACCCUGGGAGAUUAAAACUUUAAUUGUAACAUUGUACACUGAGCUGCUAAAAAGAAAAAAAUCUAGAUUGUAAUAUACAAUACAUUCAAAUGGGGGGGAAAAAGCACAAAUUUGAAAAAAAAAAAAAAAAAAAGUGGUAUCCUCGCAGUCAUUCACAGGAACAUAGGACAUGGAACACCAGUGUGAAGUUAAAAUAACACUUGGAGCCCUUUGAAAAAAAAUGCUCCUCAUUUUCACAUUCUUUGUUUUUUUCUACUGUAUUUUGGUUUGUUUAGCACCUACGAAAUUAAGAAUUAAACAAUAAUCCUGUCAAAUUCUGAUUAUGCUUCUAUUGCUCUUAAUCCCAUAUUUUUGGGAGAAUCACAGCUGUAUCUUAUUUUGUACGAAGAAUGUAAGUGUAACUUUGAUGUAAAGAAAA